CCCCGCUCGACGAGAUUCGCAGUCGACAAGAUCGCAGCAACACAAUGUUUUUACGAUUGCGACGACGCCCAUGCCGCUGAUGAUCGACCGAGCAGCGUGCACGAUGCCGCGAUUCGCGGGCCCGCAGUUCUCACUGUAACCCCUCGAAUGAACGACCCCACUGACUGGCGCCGGCCGCACACGCUUUCAAGGGCAGCGACUCAUACCCUAAAUCAUCGGAAUGAAUACCCAUGGAUACCCAAGUCACAUGCGCAAUGACGGCACGCUUGUUACUCGGGGCGAGCGCUGCAGACGAGGACAAGCCGAUGGUAAAGAAAGAGGUUCGGGCUUUCCAUAGGAACAGUGCGGCUAUGGGUAUACUGGAGCUCUGUUGAAUGAGAGUGCAAUGCAAGAGACGGUCUCAGAUUGCAAAUAGAUGCAUAGGAGGACGGCACUUGUCCGGCGAUGGCUACGCGAUCCAUCCUAGCAACGUCUAUCCAAAUCGUGAAGCAGCCGUGGCCUUCUUAUGCCAUAAGGAAUGGCCAUAUAGCGCAGGAGAACACGGAAUAUCACCGACCAAAGAUGCCAAAAAUGCGCACGGUGUGUCUUUGGAUCUAGAAGUCUUGUGCCGCGCCGUGCACUCCUUCCAUUUCGGUUCUCUGGCUACACACUUCCCAAACACAGAAGCACCUUUGGAUUACGCUACGGUCAUCAUGCAAGCCAUUCCAAAGACACGGCAUGCGCAUUCCUUGCUAUGUAACAGAGUCAGCCUCACACCGUCAGUCGGUCUCUCUCCGUUCCAGUACUGUUCCCAGCUGCAGUCAAGAUCCAUGCAUCAAUCCCUCAUUCAUGACAUGCCUCCCCAUUGUCAGUAUCCGAAGGCAGGCGGUUCUACCUCAUGCCGUUUCGCGAACAUGCAGGAGUUGCAGCUAGACCACAGCCAUAGCACGCGCGACUUUCUAUCCUACUCAGGCACGGUCCAUGUGGAGUCACCAUUGGAUACUCCUUCUCCAACAUGCGGCUGUCAUAAAGGUGCUUAAUGCACUUCAUAUAUGGGCACCCACAAGUCUUAUCGCAUCCCCGACACACUUCGAGUACCGUAGGAAUUUGGACCUGACUCUGAGUCCCUCUGCGUGAAGCAAAAGACCAUGCAGCCCUCAGAAGGCGGUCCACUCCUAGACAAAACAAGCUGCGGUUCUCCAGCAAGCGAGAUAAGUCACUCAGUUGUCAGGUUUUCAGGGCCAAAUGAAGGAAAGACAGCUUCUCAGGGCAUUCUGCAUGUAUGUGUUGCUUUAUGGGUCCCUAGACUGGGGGACAUUCUCAUGUAUAACUGUAACAAGGUCAUGUGGAUCGGAUCUAGUGUAAAUAACUCAAUGCAAUCGAAUCUCACUCU